AUGCUAGCCCCCACCGAGAUGCGCGAGUUCUACAAGACCGCCGAGUACGCCCAGGAGCUCGAGAACGAGAUCGUGCCGUACGUGCGCCAGAAACUCGACACCAACGACCUCGGACACGCCAUCUUCGCCGCCAGCGUCGCCAGAGAAUCUGAGCCCACUGAGCGUGCUGAUGGAAAGUAUCGCACUAUCAUCGUGGGUGCCUUGAUGAUGCGCGUGGGCGCCAGGAUCAAACCGGAGCAGCUGCAGCAUCUGCGUGACUUGGUGCCUCAGAUCCACUGUAACGACAGAUUCACUCUGCCGCUGUUUGAUGAGGGGUUCCGUGGGCCGGGUCGUGUGCAGUUUCUUGCCGCGCUGGACCAUUAUCAGGCUGGCGUGCCGCGGAGCUUUCAGGAGCCGAGUUGCUUCCAUUGUGGUCAGAUCAAGUCGGAUAUUGGACAUGCUCUUCGUAUGUGUGGAAGAUGCAAGCGUGUCUGGUACUGUGAUAAGGACUGUCAGAGCGCCCAUUGGAAGCACCAUAAGCAUAGCUGUGUCCCCCCUGAGCGCCGUUUCGGUCUUAAUGUCUAG